AUGGCGCCGCUGCAGACUGGACAGAACCACUCUUUGGCCCCUUCGCCGCGGGAUUAUGGUAAAGAAUCCCCAGCCAAACCGGUCCCAGUGGAAACCUCUAUCGACCCCAGGGUAUUCGGCGAGCUGCUCACAGGCACAGUGGGAAUAUUCGUGUUUGCCGUCCUAUUCUGGAAGCUCGGCAAGUUUAUUCGAUCGUUAAACAGACACAAAGUACUGCAGGAGGGCAAAUUGACGACGACUCGCUAUGCCCGGACUUGGUAUGGCUGGGUUUCUGUGGAGACACAUGAGAGAAACAAAUCCCUCCUCCGAACACUCUUCAAGCACAUUCGCGAGUGGGUGUCAUGGGAGUCAACCGAGACCGAUUACCAAUGGGUGUGGUGGGAUCCUGGCUUGGAGGCAAUGGAAGAACGCCGGGUCAACCGAAGACGACUGAAGCUGCUACCAGAAUGCCUGAAGAGCUACGAGGCGAUGCCAGAUAUCCAGGUUCCGUACCCUCGAUCGUCUAUAGAAUGUCGCGGGGCUUUGAUUGUCAGCCAAGAAUCUGCGUCUUCUCGACCGAUCGGAUCCGCAACUAGAGGCGCUGAGAACCUCCGUCCAUUACCGAGAAUUCAUUUCAAUAAGCACCACUUUGGCGGCAGCACAGCUUCUUCAGCAUCGCAGCAAAUGUUCACGCCACCUUCACGGACACGCUCCAGAUCUUCCGAGGACCAGACUGAGGGUAGUCAACGGUUAGAUGGAAGGAUAUGCAAGCAUGUGUUGACGUUGCCGACUCAGAUUCAGUCCCUGCAAAUCUCAACAAACAGUCAAUCCUUUCUCCGGAACGGGGCCUCAUGGGCAGAUCGUCAUACCGAUCGAAUGCGACGCCCCUCACACCCACGCUCAAUACGUAACAGCUUCCAUGUAGCUGAGCCCAGUUCCUGCUCGAAUGUGUACCAAAGUCUUCGAAGAGCGCGGGAGACCCCGAGACCCGCACUUCGGGGUGUUCAUUCACGAAAAUAUAGAUUGUGGUCGGCGCAGAUGCAAAUGAAAUCGACUGGACUAGCACAGCAAGAUCUCCGGGAAUCCUCUGGACCCCCGGGAACCCCUGCUACGGCGCUUCUGGCCAGUCUUUUGUCCGAGCAAAGUUCCUGUGAGAUUGCUCCAGAAACACGCAAAAAGAGUCUUAUAGGUGCGACGACGACCUUGGAGAAAAUCUCCGUGAUUCCUGACCAACCUUUCCAAGGGAAGCAAGCAGCCUGUGCGAUUCCUCUCGAUACUGAUAUGAAAUACGCCAAGUUCAACACUGCACCCGCACGAUUUCGGCCAUUGAAGAAGUCAGGAGUACUGAAUACACUCUCGUCGAACCAGCUAUGGCAUUCGUGGCGAGAUACCAGGGCAGCUGGGCGCCCUAGAAACAGCUUCCAGGAACUUUGGACUCACCCAGGCACUAUCAAAGCCCGGACCAAGUAUGCACCCCUCCCGAGCUGCCUGGAUGGGGUCUUCGAGGCGGAACAAAUCUCUUUUGAUAAGCUGAGUGACUGGGAGGUGCGACUAAUUGACCGAUUGGAUCGCAAACUGUUAUGGAUAUUCAACGAGAUGACCCCCGGACUGAAGCCGUAUCAUUUCACAUUGCUUGCCAACCACUGGCUGAACAGAGAGACUUGGCUCGUGAUUGACCCUCCAUCGCGAGUUCCAAUACACAAUCGACGGCAGUGGGGAGACCCGCGAUUCAACGACCCCUACCCGGAGGCGGAUCGGAAAUCAAGGCCCAAAUACCCAGCCAUGGCACGGAAACGAGCUCAGGUUCCGCGCAUAGUUUCAUGGCGGGCAGCUGUCAACAGACAGAGGAGGAUUUCCGGAAUUCGGGAUGCCAUCCGAACUAUUGAACUAUAUGAAGACUCGGCCGAGGAGCCACCGGAUGGAAAAAUCGACCCAGCUUGUUGGAUCUUGCCAAAGCCGCCUCAGGGGUUUGAGAUGUCGACACAGCAAAAGAACGCCUGGUACGAAGGAGGCACUGGGUGGCAGGAAAAGCUGGAAGACUGGCAGCAAGUUCGGCGGGGAUACCGUCUGCGUAAAAUUGUCCAUGAGGGUCGCGUGAACCGGAAUCGCGUGAAGGAAGUCGCAUUCCAGGUUAACAGAUGCUGCCGUACUGCGUCGCUCAAGUUGCUUCCUAGGGGGAUCGCACACACAGCACCACAGCCUCAACCCGUGGUUUAA